AUGUCGCAGAAAGAUCUCGACGCAGCCGUCCUGGCUUACCUCGUUAAACGGGGAUUCACCAAAACCGUCAAAGCGUUGGAGAAGGAAUCAGGUGUGAAAGCUGGGGAGCAAGGUAAAUUGGAAGCUGUUUGGAAUGCUUCGCAAAUUAAGAACGAAGAUGUCGAGAUGUCCUCUUCUUCCUCGGAAUCAUCGAGCUCAGAGAGUGAGAGUGAGAGUGAGAGUGAAGAUGAGGGAAAGAAAAAUGUCAAGGUAGCUGCUGCUGUGCCUCUUCCUGCAUCUUCCUCCGGAUCAAGCUCAAGCUCUUCUUCCUCCUCUCAUGAAUCGGAAUCCGAGUCUGAGUCCGGCUCAGAAUCGGAUUCGUCUUCUUCAAACUCCAGCUCAAGUUCAAGUUCAAGCUCUUCGUCUUCAUCGUCAUCUUCCUCUACCUCUAAAUCCUCAUCUUCCUCAUCUUCCGCCAAGCCGGAGCCUGCCUCAGCAUUGUCCAGCGUGACUCUCAAGGGAGAUUCACCCGCUCCCGCCAAGUCUUCUUCUUCCUCUUCCUCUUCCUCAUCAUCCUCCUCCAGCUCUGGCUCGGAUAGCGAUUCCGACAGUUCCUCUUCAUCAUCUGAAAGUGAUAGUGAAUCAGAAGAGAAUGACAGCGAGAAGAGCGUCAAGAAAUUCUUAGAUGUUGAAGCUUCUGAGUCUGAAUCUGGGUCCGAAUCAGAUUCUGAGUCUAGUGAUUCCGAAUCCGAAUCCGAUUCUGACUCUUCGUCAUCGUUAUCUUCUUCAGAUAGUGAAUCAGAAUCAGAGAAAGAAGAGGCUAAACCGGUUAUUGGACAAAAGAGAAAAGCUCCUUCCGCCUCUUCAUCAUCAUCUUCAUCUUCAUCUUCCUCCUCGUCAAGCUCAUCAUCUUCUUCCUCUGAUUCUUCGUCAUCCUCUGAAUCCGAGUCAGAAUCUGAUUCAGAAUCAACUCCAGCAGUAACAGUCGUGACCACGAAGAAAAGGAAGCUUGAAGAUGGUACAGAAGCUAUAACAUCCACUUCAACCACUACUACUCCUGCUCACCAUCACCACCACCAUCCUUCCCGAGCGCAGAAUUUCGACACGCCCGGUAGUUCCGCUGCGGGUACGCCUACAGGAAGUGGAAAGAAGCAGAGAAUUCAGGGACAGAGGUUCGAAAGGAUCAAAAUGGAUAAUGUAACAUAUCAUCACGAUGGUUUGAAAGAUAAUUCAUUUGCUGCUAGGGAAGCUGCGGGUGCCAAUCCAAAUGACUACGGGGCGAGAGCUUCGAGGGAUCUGAUUGUAACUAGAGGUGCAGGAUUCAGGAAGGAGAAGAACAAGAAGAAAAGAGGGAGUUACGUGGGUGGCGAAAUCACCUUGGCUACUCAUUCGAUCAAGUUCGACGAUUAG